UCUCUUUAUAGGUUACAUCCAGCAACACUGCUGCUAAUGGGAUAAAAGCUGAAGCGGAAAACUGGCUGUAAUCAAUGGAAGCUGGGUCAUAAAAAGAAUGUACCCACCCGAUGGCGAAAGUUAGCCAUCUUCCAAUGAGGCGCUACCCAUCGACGACGACGACGACAGGAACUUCAACGGACCAACAGAACCAGCAGCAGUCCCAGGGCUCGACCAAUGUAGACACCAUCAACUUUUACCCACCGGCCAACGCUAGUCAACAGCAACGGGACAAAUCCAAACGAACAUGGGGCCAACGCCUUAAGCUGACCAAAUCCACCACCGAACGCUCCGGCAGCAUCACAUCUGGCAGCAGCCCCUUCAAGCCACCCUCUUCAACCUCUUCCUCCUCGACGUCUCCCUCGGUUACGCUGGAAGUGCUGGACUACUCCUCGCUCCAGCAGCAGCACCACGCCCAACUUCAACACCUGCAACAGCGCUCCAAUGGUCCGUCUCUGUUGAAUUCCGCCGCAACCGGUUCGAUGAAGUAUGCCGAGACGACCACCUGGAUGUACGGCACGAUGCGCGGAAUGCCGGCCGGGAUGUCGCCGAUGCAUCACCACCAGCUCCAUCCGGGGCUGCUGCACCCGGCGAUGUUCUGCCCGAUGCCGCCGGGACCUCCUCAGGCCGAGGUAGCGGUGGUUAUCUGCUGCUGCCCGGAGUAUUUGAACGGGACGAAGCGGGACGUUAAGAAGGCGAGUGUGUGCAAGAGGUGCAAGGGAUCACGACUUCCGUUGGCGCCGAUUGGCGGGACGAUGCGGUUGACGUCGGGGACUACGUUUUUGGCGCCUCCGGCGCGGAGUAGUGCGGGGACGAUGAAGUUGGCUUCGACGUAUGGGAAGAAGAAUAGACCUACGAUAUUGGGGAGUUCUGGAGAUCCGUACGAUUUUAUGCGGAGGUCGCGGUUGAGUCAACCGGAGCAAGCGAAGCAGUCUGUGAAGAGUAGUAUUAAGGAGAAGUUGCGGGGACGGGCGAAGAGUUCGAGUCCGUCGAAGGGCCGGAGUAGAGUGGACAAGCGGCCACCGUCGCCGACGGGGAGCAAGAGCAGUGGGAGUCGAAGUUUGAGCGCAAGUCGUAGCAGUUCCAGUAACAAAGGCUUCAAAGACUGCUGGGUGGAACCGGAGGAAGUUCAGAUCGAUCCGGAUCCGGGAAGUACGGCCGGUGGCCGGAGGUCCAUCCUGCGUUGUGAUAUUAAUCCGUACGACCUGAUCUCGCUGAGCAGCGGGUUGAACAACGAGUUCUCGCCAACGGCGGCUAACGGCACCGACGAUUACGACCUGUCGGUGCACUCGCAAAAGUACGAGAACCUGCUGGACACGCUGUACGCCAAUCGGUACAACCCGGCGGCAACGGCCAACAUUGCGGCAAUCUCGGGCCAAAGAAUCAAACUCUUCGACGGCGAGUCGGCGGCACCGUCCGUGUACGACGACGUGGACGAGUACGUGUACGAUCCGGUGGAGGUCCAGCCGGACACCGGCAACCUACAGGAACCCAGCCGGAUCGAGGUCAUCCCGGAGCGACCUCCACGGACCAAACACAAACACGACAGCUCCUCCGCUACCGCGCGGGACGAGGACGUCAAGUCCCUUCCGUCGCAGAUCUCGUCCGAAGUGACCCAAAGUGCAAUAAAGUCGAUCCUGAAACGGCCCGGCAGUUCCGUGAUCAGCGCACCCACCGGCGACAAGCCCAGCUUCGACACGAUCCGGCUCAACCAAACGCUCGUCCAACGCCUCAACAAACUCACCUCGGACGAGGGAGUCUUUGCCAAAUCCACCGGAACCGUCUCGGCCCGCAACAUCAAAGCCCUGUCGUACAACGGCACCAACUCCUCCUCCUCCAACAAGGACCGGGACUCCAGCAAGCGCAAUUCGGGCACGCAGUUCUACCUGCCGAGCCCCCUCAACGGACCGUCUUCCCUGACGGCCCGCAAGAAGGUCCACUUCCUGGUCGAGCACAACGAAGUCAUCGACGACGACAAGUUCUUCGCCCAGCUGCUGCUCUCCGAAGCCAACGCGCGAUCGCUCGUCAAGCCGGCCGAACCGCCGACGGUCACGAUCGUCGAGGUCACCGACGACGACAGCAACGCCAAACAAUCCUCCAACGAAUCUGUGAUUACGACCCUGGUGAACCACCUGGAGCGGCAACGGGGACUGGUCAAAGAGAAGCAGCUGCCGUCUAGCCUGGAGAAAGUCCAGAUUCAGGAGGAAGUUCCGAAAGUGGCAGCUGUUGCUGCCGACGUCAACGAGGACAAAGAGAAUGCCGCCAACGAGCAGGACGACGAUGCAGACAACUCCCCGCCGUGGAGCAUCCGGCGCCGCUCCGGACCACCGGUCCGUCGCAGCUCCAGCGAGCGUUCGUCCCCUCCGCGGGUGACCUCGUUCAACGGGCAGCAACCAUCGUCAACCCAGCAUCACCACCCGACUCCUCGCUUCAUCGACACGAUGGCGCUGCGUGGCAAACAGGCUCGCCGAGAUUCCAGGGCGGUGUUUGACGAAGAAACGUCCUCGUCGUCUUCGUCCAGCUGUGGAACGCUGCUCGGUGGGGGUAAGAUGCGACCACGAGUUCCUCCACCACCUCCGCCUCCGCCGGCAAGUUCAACCGGGUCGUCCUCACCGGAUCAGCAGUCGAUCACGAGUGCGAGCACCGUGGAGGGUGGGGAAGUUGGAUGUAAGAAGUAUGAGAAUGAGAUGAUGGCGGGGAAGUUGAACGACCCUGAAGAGAGCAACAUCUACGAGGAUUUUUGCUUCGAUUUGAGUUCGGGGUCGGAGCGAAGCAGCGGGCGUAGCUCGACCGCUUCGCGAACCGUCGUUCAGGUGGCGUCGACUCCAACGGCGACUUUCAGCAAAGAAGUCGCGGCCGUCCAUCGGCUGGAGAUUCGCCACGAGGAUGAAGACAGCAGCUACGAGUCGAUGGGUCAGAAGAAGACCUCGAUUAUGAUCACCGGUGACGAUUGCUACUCGACGGUCAACGUGGACGACGACAACGAAACGCCGCUGUACCAGUCUUCGGUGGUCGUCAACGACGACGUCGUUUGCUCGCCCGGAAUCCACCAAACCUCGUUCAACACCGUAACGAUCAGCGUCAACUCGCCAACCUCAACGUUGCAACAUCCACGGCACAAAGCCGAUUCGACGCCCAACUUUGACGAGCAGAAGAACAACUUUCUGAACAGUGCAACGUCCAUCAUCCCGAUCGGCGGAACCACUUCGGUAACAGUAACAACUCCUACGGCCGAACCCGAACCGCAAGCGGCAGCUGUCCCGAAAUCACCCUCAACCGGCAAGACCUUUAUCAGUCUGGACUUUGACCGGGUGACGGCGAGCUUGCACGAGUCGCCUACUGCCGCCACUCCGGAGACUUCCGUCGAUGAAGAGCCGGAAGCAAGCGUCGACGACGAUGACGCGCCGAUUUCGAUAGUUCCUAGUGGUGGCGAACACGUAGAAGCAGCGAAGCAAUCCAAAGAUGAGAGCGUGGACGUAAUUCUGCGCAAUCCGGUGGAAGCGGUCAAGCGAAAUCUGGUGCCGCACAUUUGCGGCAAGUUGGCAGCGGCACGGGCGGAAGCGUCGACGGACGCGGUUGUCGUGAGGCGUCCGAAGCUGGACAAAGACGUCAGUAAGCGGAACAGCUUCAUCGCGAAGCUGCUGGAGGACCCGAUGCUGGGUCAUUUGGCGGAGGGGCUGGACUACGAGCUGGUGGCAAAGCUGAUCGAGAACUCGCUGAUGCGGUUGAAGGAAAGUCGCACCCAGCUGGACAUGAGUGGAACCAAAGACGAGGACGCGGUGUCGCGGAUGAUUGAGGAAUCGCUGGUGAAGAUCCAGGAGGAGCGACAGAAGCUGGAGGGGAAGAAGGGGGGUGAGAAGGAUAGCAAUAGGAGCAGUAUCAGCUCGGGCAACAGCUACGGCUCGGCGGCGUACGAACUGAUGGAGUUUGACGCGAGUGGAGAGCUGAGCGAUUGCUAUCAAAGCUGCUCGAGUGAUCUGACGGUGGAUGAGGAGCAGAACGCGAACAGUUCACGGAGCAAGUUCUACCAGAUGCUGGUGGAUGCGACGCUGUCGGAGAUCGAAAUCAGCACGGCGAACGACGACGAUCAUCACUAUGAGUCGAUCCGGUUGAACGCUGAUCCGAUCUACGAAGAGAUUAGUGACAUUCCACCACCGCUCCCGCUUACAGCUCCGCCGAUCGUGGACGAUCUUGACCGGGAAAAGCGAAACGCACGAUCGAUCUUCGAAGGCGCCUCCAAGUACGACAUCCUGUCCUACCUGGUGGACGCAAAGGAACGCGGGAUCGCCCAAGAGGAAGCGUACAACUUUCAGUUUGGCAACGCCAGCGACAUCAUCCUGGAGGAGGAAGAAGACGAAAACAUCACCGACCUGCGACACCACCAGCGACAAAUCUCCGACAUCAGCAGUCGCCUGUCGCACAUCUCCAACAUCAGCGACUCUAGCGAGGACACUUCUUCGCUCAUCGCCCAGCGAAAGGCGUCCGAGAUCGAACGGAACGACUCCGGUGUCGGAUCGGAGACGAGCAAAACCUCCCGCUCCAAGUGGCAAAACCCAUCCGUGACCUCCUCCCUCCUGGACAAGAUCAGUCCCAUCCACCUGUGCGAGGACUGCGACGGCCCGGUCGAAACCCAAAUCACCGAGUCCGGCGUCAUGUACGCCCCGCUCGUCUGCCGCAAGUGUGGCAAGAAACGAGCCGAGCGCAAGGAGAUCAUAACCGAAAUCGUCGAAACGGAGGAAAAGUACGGCCGCGACCUGCAGAUCAUCCUCGAAGAGUUCUACCAACCCAUGCUGGUGGCCGGUCUGCUGAGCCAGGAUCAACUCUCCGCAAUCUUUUUGAACGUGGAAGAAUUGCUCGAGAACAACCAGUUCCUAGCGGAGCGGAUGCGGGACGCGCUGGACAUUGCGAACGAACAGGGCGACGAGGAUCUGCUGACGGUCAGUGCCGGCCGGAUCUUCCUGGAGGCGGCACCGAUGCUGCACGCGUUCGAGAGCUACUGCGUGCGGCAGGGCGCGGCCAGCUUGCUGCUGGCGAACCUGGAGAAGGAGAAGGAACUGCUGAGGAUCUUCCUGCGCGUGUCGCAGAUGGAGAAUGCCGUGCUGAGGCGGAUGAACUUGAACUCGUUUUUGAUGGUUCCCGUACAACGCGUCACCAAGUACCCGCUGCUGCUUGCCCGACUCUUCAAGGUAACCCCCGCCCACCUGGAAGGUCGCGAGCUACUCAAACAAGCCCAAGAAAAGAUCGAACUACACCUGAACCACAUGAACCGCGAGGCCAAAGACGUGCCCACCAAGCUGUGGCGCCGGAUCUCCUCCGGCAGCCCCGCCGGUCGGCGUCUCUCCUGCGAGCUGGACAUGAUCAACAUCAAGCUGCGCAAGAUGGCCAUCGACGUGCUCGAGUGGAACACCGAGGAGGUCCGGUUCGCCAUCGAGGGCCGUCUCCUCUUCACGCAACCCAACGACGGAAACUGGAAGAAGAGCCGCACCAUCAAGCUGACCUCGAUCAACGCCCUGCUGGUGACCAAUGGAAAGCCAAGUCCCAGCUACAAGCCGGACCGGGCCUCGACGGAGCUGUUGAACUUCCCGCGCCACACCGGAAUCCGCGAGGCGUCGCUGCUGCUGGUGCGCGAGAAAAACGGCCGCUACACGCUGCUGCGGGAGCCGCUCUACCUGGACCGGUGCAUCGUGUGCACCGAGAACGACUGGGAGGACUACUUUGAGCUGCAGGAGAUUCUCUCGAAGGAGUCGUUCAUCUUCAAGGCCGAGGAUGGCACCAAGACGAAGCAGUGGUACAGCCAGCUCCAGUACCACUCCCAGGGCAUGGGCACCUGGCGGAAGCGGCGGAACGCGCUGGCCAACAUCAUGAUCAACGGAAUGAUGACGCGAACGUAGUGCCGUGUCCGCCGGCAAAACUUGUUUUUAGUUAGCUUUGGAGCGCCGAUAGUAGUUGUGUAGUUAGAGCUGUAGUUAAUUGUAAGAAGAAAACUAAGGAUGAUGAGUGAAAAAUUGAAAAAUUAGAGUGUGAAAAAUGUCUCUGGAUUAGCCGUAGAGAAAUUUGAAGAUGAGAAGAAAGAACGUUGAAUUGUCACAGUUCAUGAGAGAAGACUGAGGGUUGCAUACCCACAGGCGAUUCUUUGAACGAACUGUGGUACUUUUGGAUAUAAAUUAUGCCCAGAAAGUUUGCCAAAAUUUAAACAUCAUCAUUUUAGUAUUGAAAUCUCCUAAAUUUAUUUAACUUAUUGCAAAAUCAAUUCACUUCUUUCAAUCAUUUUUCAUACUUGUCGGCAAUGUAGAAACUCAAAAUCGAAUGAAGAAACCUUAAAAAAGAUGUUAUUUGCGCUUAGAAACCCAAUGUUUUAGCCCCCCAAUUAGAGAUUAGUUAAAACAAAAUCAUAAAACUAUUUAUUGUGAACCAAUUUCCACACCCCGAUUUGUGAAUGUCCCCAAAAAUUGCUUUGUUUUGAGUAUUGUAGAGAUAGUUUUCCCUUUAAGUAGGUAUUUAAACACCCCGUUUUUUCCCGUUUCUUUUUAAUUCAAUCCUUUUUCGAAAAAGCUUAACAAGCAGCGAUUGUAUACUAUUUAGUAGUUGUAUUUUACUUAGCUUUUGAUUUACUUUACUAUAUCCCAUUUGAAUUUUGCGCGUGUUGAUUUCCCAGCGUGUGUAAAACAAAUGUAUAGUGGAUACAAGGCAGAAUUAGCUAUUAAUCAUCCCUAGGUUUUACACCUGUCGCUGGUUGAGAGUAGCAUCCUGAAGAAACACAACGCAAAACAAUGGCAAUGUAAAAUCGAUGAAUCUGUAAUCAAAAUGAAUAAAAAUUCUGAAAAAAUAA